UUUCCUACAAUAGCUUCAUCACAAAACAAAAUUUUGAAUUAAAAACAUAGAAGAAAAAUUAGAAAAUGAUCAAAGGGCUCUUGUUGGUUUUGUUCUUUCUAGUCAUUGCAAAGACUUCGGUUUCUCGUCCGUUCGCAUGGUCUAGGGGUAACAUGCCAGGCCAAAACUACCCAGGCGAAAGUGGAUCAGGUCGUGGGCCCAAUUGGGAGUACAACUGGGGUUGGGGCUCUGCUCCAGGUUCUGGAUGGGGUUAUGGGUCGGGUUCGGGUAGAUCACCAACAGGGUGGGGAAGAGGAUCUGGAUACGGGUAUGGAUCCGGAUCCGGGUCAGGUAGCGGAUAUGGAUAUGGUUCUGGAGGUGGUGGAGCACGUGGUGGUGGGUAUGGUUACGGAAGCGGAAAUGGCCGUUCUGGUGGUGGCGGCAGCGGUGGUGGUUCCAACGGUGAAGUUGCCUCUUNAACCAACUUGUCAUAG